GCCGGGACCGCAUCCGGCUGCGGGCCGUGGUGAGCUGCUCCAGCCCAUGGUGAGCGGCUCCAGCCCAUGGUGAGCGGCUCCGGGCCGUGGUGAGCUGCUCCAGGCCAUGGUGAGCGGCUGCGGGCCGUGGUGAGCUGCUCCAGGCCAUGACGGGGGAGGCCGUGCAGGCGCUGCUGCGGCGGCUGCGGGAGCUGCAGGGCGAGCGGGCCGAGGCCUACCGGCUCUUGGAGGAGGGCCACCGCGCCUACCUGAGCAGUGCCCCCCACUACGACUUCCCGCGUUACCGGCAGCUGGUGCACGAGAUCACCGUGGCCUUCAGCAGCAUGUCCCGGGAGGUGCUGCACAUCGCCGGGCGCCUGCGCCACGAGCUCGCCCGCCCCGACCUGGCCCAGCACCUCGCGCGCCUCCAGGAGCGGGAGCAGGAGAAGCUGCAGCUGACAGCACAGCUCCAGCUGGCCCGGCAGCAGGCUCAGGACCAGCCCGACGUGGACGCCCAUCAGCAGGAGGUGCGGGAGCUCAAGCACAAGCUAAUUAAAACCAUUGAGGCAAUCAGCGAAAUUCUCCAGGACCUCAAGUACGAUUCGGAAGAAGUUGAGUGAUGGGUGUCCCCGUGGGAACGGCUGGAGGGGCCGGCCCGUGGAACAGGGGCCCCCUGGCCCCCACCCGCUCCUGGCGCAGCCCCCCAUGCUGCUCCAGCAAGGUGGGCAUCUUCCCAGCCACCUUUUUUCUUGAGCACAGGCUGGGAGGGUGAAGAACCCCUCUUGGGGAGCUGAGGGGUCCCCUAUAUCCUGAGCAUCCCUCAGUAGAGGGGUCUGGUGUGGUGCUAGUUCCUCUCCCUGGCUCUGCUGGUCGUGCUGGGGCUUUGCCCAUGGAAAACUCCAACUGCUGAGGGGCUGCCUUGCUGUGAGCCCCCCUGGCAGGGGCAUUGCCUUUGCAGCAGCUUCCCCACAACCCCUGCUCGAGAUCAGCCAUGGCCUCAGCCCCAGGCCGGCUCUGGUGCCCCACAAGUGCCCUUUCUACGAUCACCCCACAAUAAACCUAUCUUCAUAGA